UCCUUUCCCUCGCCGGAAUCCCCACCAUCAUUCCCGUCAUUUUCUUCCGACCGAUCAAGAUGCCGCCGAAGAGAAAAGGCCAACGAAACAACACUCGCAAACCCAGUAAACCAGACGCUCCACUACCCACUAACAACGUCGUGGUCUCAGGAGCCAUGUCCGAUUGCAAGUUACCCGAAGACCUGAUGCUCUCCAUUCUCACCCGCCUCCCCGUGAAAACCGUUCAGCGAUACAAGUGCGUUUGCAAGCCAUGGCUGAAGCUCUUUUCCACCACAGAGUUCAUCAAGAUGCACCGCGAGCAAACCGCCAAGAAUCCCCAAAAUCACUCCCUUAUCAUCCACAGCAUUGACGAGGAUUACUACCAUAAUAUGUCGCUGUUGAACGUCAAUUCCACUGCUGAAGAACCCACAAAUCUUGUCAAUCCUUUUCCUGUAAUCUUCAAAGAAAUGGACUUGGUGGGCUGUGUUAAUGGGCUGGUUUGCCUCAGUUGCCCUCCUUUUGCCCAGAUGAUUGUCCUCUGGAACCCUGUUUUAAGUAUUUGGAAGGCCAUUAGGCUUCCUAAUCGAGGAAUUGAUGAAAGUAUGGACAGAAUUUCACUCGGGUUUGGUUAUGAUGAAAGCAAGGAUGACUAUAAGAUUGUGAGGAUUACGAUUUUCAAGCCUGAUGGGAAUAGUCCGAAGAAUUUCUUGAGGGCUUUUGCUGAGGUUUACUCUGCUAACUUGGACUCUUGGAAAAGGGUUCGCCUUAGUUUUCAGUUUUCAAUUAUUCCUACUAGGAACAAUGUUAUUGUAAAAGGAAGGCCUUAUUGGACUGCAAUUAUCUAUGAUCCGGUGAAAAUGUUUCGUGAAGUUAUGCUGUGGUAUGAUGUGGAAAACGAGGUGUUUACGCAUGUUCCUGUGCCUGAUUAUAAUAUGCAUUGCACUAAAGGGGGGAGAUUUGUGGAGUGGAAGAGUAGUCUUGCUAUACUUGUGUACUCUCCUACUAGAGAGAGGGAUGAUUUUGUUGAUGUUGUGGUUUAUGAUGAAGGCAAGGGACAUUGGGAGACGAAAUCUUGCCAUGGUCCAAUUAGACUGAAAAUGGAGAGGCAUAUGCAAUGCUCUAAAGAUGGCGUGAUUUUGGCAGAGACUCCAGAAGGAACGUUGUUUUUGUAUGAUCCUGUGACUAAUGCGAUUAAGGAGUUCCGGAUUGCUGAAGCUAUGAAAACCUCCUAUGAGGCAUUUAGCUACACAGAGAGCUUGGUUUCUCUGAAGGGGAUGGAGAAGGUGGAGGAACAGGACAAAGAUAAGUUCUGUAUCAAGAUGGAAGAUUUGGUUAUCGACUAAAAAGCAAAGGACUGGAUAUCUCAACGGGAUGGAAUGAUUGAAAGGAAGCAGGGAAGAUUAGCAUUAAUCAUGAAAUUCCAUAUGGAUGGUUCUAGUCAAACAUGUGGUGCAUCGGACACACUCUCCUUUUGUCUUAGUUGUUAUAGGUGUUUUCUGAUUGCGCUACUAUUUUAGGAGUUGUGACCCUGUCACAUUUUGUUCUGCUUAGUCAGGGACUAUUAUGCUGUAGUUGUUCUAAUGCUUAACCAUGAUAAAACCUCGGUAGUUUUAUAUAAGCAGCUACUUACUACAUGCUACA